GCCAGGCAGGCAUGGAGGUGGUACAGGUACAAGCCAGCCUUGUGGGGUACCCCCCAUCCCAUCCCAUCCAGUCCUGGACCACUCAUGGGCGCUGGUCUGUUCUGACCACAGCCCUCGGACCUCAGUCAGAAAUGGGGAACGUGCAAUCGGAGCCGUCCGCUGGCGGUGGCUCCCGAAAACAGCAGGCCUCAGACUGCAGGCGGCCGUCCCUGGUGGAGCCCGAGGUGACCCCUUCCUCUCCAGCCAUGCGCCUGGCUCGGGGGCUGGGCGUCUGGUUCCCUGGCAGCUCCGCGCCCCCCGGCCUUCUGGUGCCCCCAGAACCCCAGGCCUCACCCUCGCCCCUGACCUUAGAACUGCCCACACCAGCGGCAUCCUCUCCAGAAGUGCCGGCUGUGCCCGGGGUCUCCACACCACCCCCGCCCCCUGUGGGUACCCUGCUGUCCGCGCCGUCUAAGUGGCGGAAACUCCCGGGCACGCCGGUGCCCCGCAUCCGCGGCCUGCUGGAGGCCAGCCACUGCGGCCAAGGGGAUCCCGUGAGCCUACGGCCAAUCCCGGUGCUGCCGCGACAACUAUCGGAAAAGGACCCCGUUCCGAGGCCGCCCUCCCCAAUGCCGCCACCCCUCAAACCGUGGAAGCUGCCGCCACCGCCGCUACCGCUUUCCAACCGGCAACCCCUGGAUCGCAGCAUCAUUCCUGCUCUGGCCACUGUCACACCUUCCGCACCUGCCACAGUCCCCGCCGCCACCGCCACCGAAAGCCCUGCCUGGCCCUGCAGCGAGGGCCCGAUGGCCGGUGGCGGGACCCGCGGAGAGCCACCUGCCCAAGUGGAGGAAAGCGAAAAGACCGGGAACGCGAACUCCGAGUCUGGCCUGAACCUGCUUUGCAAAGUUGUCUUCAAGCCGGGCAGCCAACUGCCUGCCGGGGCACCCUCAGCCUCCUCGAGCCCUUCCAGCCCCUCAAGCCCCUCCAGCCCCUCGACCCCCUCAGCGGCCUCGGCCUCACCCACGGGUGGAGCCAGCGGUGGACUGGUCGCUGCCUCGGGGCCUGUCUCCUACGCCGAGGUCCUGAAGCAGAGGCCCCUGGCUCCUGGCACCUCGCGUACGUUGGGAGAGGUCCCUCAGGGUGCACAAGAAACCGAGGGCGGUAAUGGAGAUGGCGAAGUGUGUCCCGGGCCUCCCUCGGGGCCUGCCGCCCACGCACGGACCCUACCGCCACCGCCCUACACUACCUUCCCAGGCUCGCAGCCCAAAUUCGACUGGUUGAGCCCUCCGGACGGCCCCGAACGCCACUUCCGCUUCAACGGGGCUGUCGGAGGCGUCGGGGUGCCCCGACGGCGAGCCGUGGCGCUCUCAGGGCCCUGGAGCUCCCCUCCACCUCCGCUGCGGCCGAUCUAUCCAGCUCCCGGGCCCCGCAGGCCCGCCCCUGCCCUGCUGGCGCCGCCCAUGUUCAUCUUCCCGGCGCCCACCAAUGGCGAGCCCGUGCGCCCCGUGCGCCCCGUGCGCCCGGUGCGCCCGGUGCGCCCCGUGCCUCCGAGCCAGCCCGAGUUGCCGCCGCCGCCGCCCACGCCACCUGCCACGCCGUCGCCCGCGCCGCUGCCCCCACCGCAGCCACCAGCGCACCAGCCAAAGCCGCUGCCGGUGGUACCCCCACCCACCGCAACUGCGCCCGCUCCCAUCAAAACUCGCACGCGCAGGAACAAAGGUCCCCGAGCAGCCCGUGUUGUGACCCGCGAAGACGGCGCGCCUGGCGACGGUCCCCGGGAGCGGAAUGUGACAGUAGCGACCAACAGUAGCGGCGGUGGCGGGGCUGCACCGUCAGGGCCAGCCAGCAAGGCCUCUGUGCACCACUGGCCGCCUUUCCAGGUGCUCAACUCUUGUCCUUGCAAGUGUUACUGCCGCCACCAGGCACGCCAUCGCCGCCUGCCACGCAACGUAUCUGCAUGGCUGAGCACACCCACCAACCACCUGAGCGAGCCACCUUGGGUCGCCACCAUCAAGCUGGCGGGUUCCCUGGUAGCUGGGCUGGAGCACUACGACUUGCAGGCCACCCACUCCAACUGA